CCAUGUUACAAUGUAACACUCAGCACUGCCGCUGCUUCUGCGGCUCCUGCAAUGUAACAGCACCGCGAACGGAGACGCAGCUCGAGACGCGACCGACCCCGACGAGCCGACCUCCAGAGCGGGAAAUGCGUUUUUGGUUUGCCGCGAGACCCCUUCUGCCGCCCCAGUGGUCCCGCUGAGAGGAUCGCGAAGCGUCCCCGCUGUCUGGCUCCGCAGAUUCGAGUUCGUGUGGAUUACUGGAACCGGAGGCCCCGUUGAGUUGAACGUGUUGGGCUGGAGUGGGUCAGUAUGAGGCUGCCGCUGCUCUGAGCGGGCUCUCCGCUCCCCGCCUCGGGUCUCUUACUAAAUAAAAUUCACUUAUAAAACUGGACACCCCUGGAGCAGUUUAUGACGACUCUGGUUGGACCGUAAUGACCGCACGCUUCCGGUUGCCUGCAGGCAGAUCCUACAAUGUCCGGGCGACGGAGCUGGCACGCGACAGGCAGCGCACCGAGGUGGUCUGCAACGUUCUUCUUUUGGACAACACUGUCCAGCCUUUUAAAGUCAAUAAGCACGAUCAAGGACAGAUCCUUCUGGAUGCUGUCUUCAAGCACCUGGAGCUGACCGAGAGAGACUAUUUUGGGUUGCACCUGGCCGACGAAUCCUCUGAUAGCCCGAGGUGGCUGGAUCCAAAUAAACCCAUAAGGAAGCAAUUAAAAAGGGGCUCUCCACAUCAUCUGAACUUCCGGGUGAAAUUUUUUGUGAGCGACCCCAACAAACUUCAGGAAGAAUACACACGGUACCAGUAUUUUCUACAGAUUAAGCAGGACACGCUCAGUGGAAGACUGCCCUGUCCGCACAAUACUGCCGCGCUCCUGGCUUCGUACGCUGUUCAGUCUGAGCUGGGUGAUUACAGCGAAGCUGAGAAUUUGCCAGGAUACCUGUCUGAGUUCUGUUUCAUCCCCAACCAGCCUCAGGGCUUUGAAAAAGAGGUCACCAAACAUCACCAGCAACACAGUGGACUUACUCCAGCACAGUCUGAAUUCAAUUACCUGAACACGGCACGAACGUUGGAGCUUUAUGGAGUGGAACUGCACUAUGCAAGGGAUCAAAGCAACACAGAGAUUUUCAUAGGCGUGAUAUCAACUGGCAUUGCCAUCUACAAGAACAGGGUACGAAUCAACUACUUUCCAUGGUUGAAGAUUGUAAAAAUAUCUUUUAAAUGCAAGCAGUUUUUCAUCCAGCUGAGAAAAGAGGCGCACGAGACAAGAGAUACAUUGCUCGGGUUCAACAUGGUAAACUACAGGGCCUGUAAGAACCUCUGGAAGGCCUGUGUUGAACACCACACCUUCUUUCGGCUCGAUCGGCCCGUUCCGCCACAGAAGAACUUCUUUGCGCACUAUUUCAGUUUGGGCUCCAAGUUCAGAUACUGCGGGAGGACGGAAGCACAAUCUGUUCAGUAUGGCAAGGAGAAGGGAAUCAAGGACAGAGUGUUUGCAAGAUCUCCCAGCAAGCCCCUGGGCAGAAAGUUGAUGGGUGUGACAGACUGGGAAUCAGUGAGCAGGAACUCACUGUCUGAAGAGAGGCUGGAGACCCGUAGCCUGCCCACCCGCUCGCCCCCCGGGACGCCCAACCAUAGGAACUCCUUAUUUGUGCAAGAGGGUCCUCGGCUAAGACCUUCUUCCAUGGGUCACCUGGUGGACCAUGUCAUCCAUGCCUCCCCCAGCCUUCCUGUUUUCUCCAAUCACAAAUCAGCUUCCUCUACACAAGCUAAUAGCAUCAGCCUGGAGUCUACCCCGUCUCCAGAAGGAGUUGAAGGUCUGCCCCCUGCCCUCCCACCCAAACAGUCCCGGAAGAACCUCAGCCAGCUUAUACUGUCCCACUCUCAACAGGACUUGGACAACCACAUCAGUGAAAUGUACAAUGUCCCUAUAGCAACCGAAAAGGCUACGCCCAAUGGAAUCAUUCCUCACGACAAUCUUGUCCUGAUCAAGAUGAAACCAGAUGAGAACGGAAGAUUUGGGUUUAACGUGAAGGGUGGCUCUGAUCAGAAGAUGCCCAUCAUCGUGUCUCGAGUAGCGCCUGGAACAUCGGCUGAUUUGUGUGUGCCUCGACUGAAUGAGGGCGAUCAGGUUGUGCUGAUCAAUGGUCGAGAUAUUGCAGAGCACACGCAUGAUCAGGUGGUCAUGUUCAUCAAGGCCAGCUGUGAGAGCCACUCGGGGGAGCUCAUCCUGUUGGUGCGGCCCAAUGCUAUCUACGAUGUGGUUGAGGAGAAAUUGGAGACAGAACCGGAUUUUCAAUAUAUCCCGGAGAAAUCUCCUACAGACCCAUCGCAGCUGGACCAGGACGCCUGGAGGGACUCAAUGCUGCAGUUAAAGGAGGGUCUUAACAGUGCUACCGUACUGGCCCAGUUUGAUCAACUGUAUCGAAAAAGGCCUGGAAUGACAAUGUCAUGUGCCAAAUUACCUCAGAAUCUUUCCAAAAACCGCUACAGAGACAUCUCACCUUAUGAUGCAACUCGAGUGAUCUUGAAAGGUACAGAUGACUACAUCAAUGCAAAUUACAUCAAUAUGGAAAUCCCUGCCUCCAGUCUCAUAAACCGCUAUAUCGCCUGCCAGGGGCCGCUGCCCAAUACGUGCCCAGAUUUCUGGCAGAUGACGUGGGAGCAGGGCUCCUCUUUGGUAGUCAUGCUUACUACUCAGGUUGAGCGAGGACGUGUGAAGUGCCAUCAGUAUUGGCCGAACCCCUCAGGUAGCGCCACAUAUGGCGGCUUUCAGGUUUCCUGCCAGACUGAGGAAGGAAACACUGCUUUCUUGGUUAGGGAUAUGACUCUUACUCACAUUGAGAGUGGAGAAAGCAGGGAAUUGACCCAGAUCCAGUACCUGGCAUGGCCCGAUCACGGUGUACCAGAUGACUCAACGGACUUCCUGGAUUUUGUGGCUCUGGUUCGGAGUAAACGAGCUGGGAAAGACGAGCCCGUUGUUGUCCACUGCAGUGCUGGGAUUGGCCGGACGGGAGUUCUCAUCACCAUGGAGACGGCAAUGUGUCUGAUGGAGUGCGGCCAGCCGGUGUAUCCAUUAGAAAUUGUGAGAACCAUGCGGGAUCAGAGGGCCAUGAUGAUUCAGACGCCUAGCCAGUUCAAGUUUGUGUGCGAGGCCAUGCUGAAGGUUUACGAGGAGGGCCUGGUCAAACCGCUCAAGUCCUCGCUGUACGAAUCCAACUAAUGCAAUGCCAGCUUUUCCCUGAAAAUGAUGCUGAAAUUCACUGACAGGAUCUUCUUCCGCAUGAUGAUGUUACAGAGUGAUGGAGAAGUAUCUAGAGCCAGGAACACAGGACAUAAAUCAAGCACUGCUGCACUUUACGCUGGCAAAGAGACUAUAUGCCAGGCUUCAAUGAGGAGAGAAAGAAGUGAGAAAGAAAUCUAACAAAGGUGAAUAAGGUACUUGUUGGGACUUUAAGUGUUCAGGGUUUUAACAGAUAUAUAUGUUAAUAAUGAAUAGAGUGGAGAUUGCUGGUGCCAUAUGUGUGUAAGGGCAGGCCCGUGAAUGAAUGAGUGUUUUUAUAUGUGGUCACCUAUUAUUUGGAAACGAACAAUACCCACAAAACAAUUCACAUUUAGGCCUGUGUUGCAGAUGAACAUUUGUAUUUUUAUUAGAAAUAUUUAUUGUUUUAGUUUCAAUAUUGAGCCCUGCUCAUUCAACAUAAGGAACUACUUACAAAACUAAACAAAACACACUUUUUUUUUUUUUUUUUUCUCCCAACAGGGAUCUUUUUUUUUUGGUUGUUCUCACUUUCUGGCGGAGGAUGAAAAUUUUUAUUUAUUUUGCUGUCAAACUAAAAAGUAAAGUCCACAAGGACUUUAAAGCACUUUGCAUUACAGCUGUGAUGCAAAAUAUCAGUUCGCACGCAGAAGCUAAAGGAAUACUAAAACGAAAAUGAUGUGAUUUAUUUACUCACCCUUGUGUCUUUCCAAACCCAUAUGAGAUGUUUUAAAAAAAUAUUCAUGCUGCUAAUUUCCAUACAGUGAAAGAUAAACAAGACAAAAUGACAGAAAACACAAUGAUAUUAACUACAUUCUGAGACUUCUGAAGGCAAACAGCAGUUUUGUGUGAGGAUAAGACUGAAGUAUAACUUUAAUUACUGAAAUAUUUCUUCCAGAUGGUAGUUCCUCAAGCUUACAGAAUUAGUUGUGAAAUAAAAGUACCUUUGAGACUAUAGAAUAAUAAACUCUGGGCUGCCAUCCCACAGAAAUUAAUAUACAGAAGAUUCCUUUAAAAUGAAAUUGAUUCGUUUUUUGUAUACACUCCUCUGGUGUUUUAUUAUAAGAGAACUGUCAUUUAGAAAUUUAAUCUGCCCGCAGGCAAACAUUCCCUGAAAGAUAUUAGGAUUUAAAAUCAGAACUCAGUUGAAAGGUCUAGUAUUACCUGUAGAUGAUAUAACAAGCUGCAUCAAUGUUGCAAAUAAUAACUGUGUGUGUGUGUGUGUGUGUGUGUGUGUGUGUGUGUGUGUGUGUGUGUGUGUGUGUGUGUGUGUGUGUGUGUGUGUGUGUGUGUGUGUGUGUGUGUGUGUGUUAAAUCUGAAUGUUACACACCACAAUGUGUCAAAUGCAGUACCAUGUUGGGGGAUCGAAUCAGAAUUAAUUUUUAACCUGUUUAUCUCUUGUAGCAGGAUAUCCCACAAGUGUGUCCUGUGUGUGUGUGUGUGUGUGUUGUUGUGUUAUUACUGUAUGUUUCUGAUGUCUGUAUGUGUAAGUGUGUUUUGUAUUACUGUUGGUGUGAAUGUGAGAUCCCAAAUCACAUGUUUAGGCUUGACACAUUUAGAGCUGGCGUCUGGUUCAGGAGGUGCGAUUUUUAGUUUUGAGCCCUAGUUUUAUAAACAGUAUUUGUUUAGAAGCCAUUUAAUUAACAUUUGCUAAUCUCUCAAAUUUAAUUUUUGACCUAUCGCCCAAAUUCACAGGUCACUUCUAGUUGAAUGCAGAGUUGAAUCCAUGCCUGUACUGUUUGUAAGGUACUAUCUGCAUUUACAGUCAAUCAUAUGAUGUUUCUUUAUUGGUCAUAAUUGCUGGAGAACCUUGGUUUUAGGACCAAAUAAUUCCAUUCUAUGCUGAACAGGUUUAAGGUAUUACCAAAAAAAAAACAACAAAAAAAAAUAAACAUUUAAAAUGGGAAUACGGCAUGGAAUUUGGGAAAAACGACACACCUCCUGCCUUGUGGGGACAGCACUUUUGCAACAAAGAUGUACAAUUGUAGACUGGAGUUAACAUUUUAUUUGCUGCAAAUAACAGGAAGGUCAAGUUGUGCCACUUGUCCAUUUUUAUGAAAAUAUUAUAAAGUGUACAUACAAUGUUGUAUAUUAAAAAGAAAAUCUUUAAAAUAAAAA